AUGUCCUGCUUGUCAAGUCCCUGCGCUGUUGAUGGUGCUGCCGGAUCCACCUUCCUUAGCCUGGUCACCCACCUGCUGACCACGCAGUGUCUGAUCUCCGAGGACUGGCCGAAAGACCAGAGGCAUCGGGUAUCAGAUGGCGACUCAUUCGACUUCAUCGUGGUUGGCGCGGGGACUGCCGGUUCGCUGCUGGCCAGCCGCCUCACCGAGCUCGAGGAGUGGAAGGUGCUACUGGUGGAGGCAGGAGGGGACCCGCCCUUGGAGAGCAUUAUACCGAAUUUCUCCGGCGACACGCACAGAAGUGAUCAAGUUUGGCAGUACCAUACUGAGGUGGACAACACGACCAACAGGGGCUGCGCAGACGGCAGGUCGUUCUGGCCUCGUGGCAGAAUGAUCGGAGGCACGGGAUCCAUCAACGGAAUGCUGCACAUGAAAGGAAGUCCAGGGGACUACGAAGCAUGGCGUCUACAAGACGAGAGUUGGGAUUGGCAGAACAUCCAAAAGUAUUUCAAGAAAAGCGAGCGAAUGAUGGAUCCGUACAUCCUAAAUAAUCCAGAGCUAGUUAAUAAUCACGGCACGGAAGGAGAGUUUAUCAUAAAUGAACUGAAUUUUACUCAUACAAACAUACUGCACAUGUUAGAGGAGUCGUACAAAGAACUGGGUCUCAAAUAUUUAGAUGAUUUGAAUGGACCUACCCAAAUUGGAUUUGGAAAGCUCCGAGGAGGGAUUCAUGAAGGAAAGAGAGUGAGUACAGCGACAGCUUUCUUAAAUCCAAUUAAAGAGAGAAACAAUUUGUACAUUUUAAAGAAUGCAUUCGCUAGUAAAAUAAUUUUCAGAGAAUCCACUGUUAUAGGAGUGGAAGUCGUAUUGGAAGAUAAAACAAAGGCUACAUUUUUUGUUUCAAAAGAAGUUAUCAUAAGUGCUGGAACUAUUAACACUCCUGUCUUAUUAAUGCAAUCAGGUAUUGGGCCUAAAGAGCAUUUAGAAGAAAUUGAUAUUGAUGUAAUAUCUGAUUUGAAAGUUGGUGAAAACUUGCAAGAUCAUGUGAGAAUACCGGUACCUGUUACUUUUGAUACAGGCGCCGAAUCAGAAGAUGAAAUGUACUGGCAUAAAGCUACAGCCAAGUAUUUGUUAGAGAGAAGCGGUCCUCUAUCUAAGAAUUACCACCAACCCAAUAUAAACGCAUUUCUAUCUGCUCCAGAUGGCAAAGCGAUGCCUGAUGUUCAAAUCGACCACAACUAUUUCGUUCCUAACACGACCUACCUCUUCUCCAUCUGUACUAAAAUAAUGUCAAUGGACGAUGAAAUCUGCAGACAAAUCGAAUCCAUGAACGCCGAAAGAGAGCUAAUAAUAUUCUUCGUGUCACUUUGCAGACCACACUCCAGGGGGAAAAUUCUGCUACGUUCCACCAAUCCUUUUGACCAUCCGAAGAUAUUUUCGAAAUACUUCAGCGAUAGAAGAGAUAUGGACACUUUUAUUGAGAACCUAAAGCGGGUCUCGGAGAUCACAAAUACAGAAAGUUUUAGGAAAGUCGACGCUCGGUUGGAACGGAUAUAUUUCAAGGACUGCGAUGGAUACGACUUCAAAAGUGACGAUUACUGGGAGUGCAUGGCUAGAACUGUCACCUACAACGUAUACCAUCCUGUAGGGACGGCUAAGAUGGGAAGACGCGAUGAUGCCGAUGCUGUAGUGGAUCCCCGGCUGAGGAUGCUCGGUGUGGAGGGUCUGAGGGUGGUGGACGCGAGCGUCAUGCCAACCAUACCGAGCGUGAACACCAACGCGGCGGUGAUGAUGAUCGCCGAGCGCGCAGCUUACUUCAUAAAGUCCAGCUAUAUUAAAGCAGUAAAUGACGAGUUAUAACUUAUAGUAAUUUCCGAAGUUGGAUAUUAUUUUUUUAC